CACAUCCUUACACUUGAUGAUCUUUCCUAAUUCCUUCAUUGCUGCCCUCCUAAGUCUCAAUCGUCUUCCGAUUUCUUGGCCAAGGCCUCCCUUUGGAUUGAUCAUUGAACCAAGCUCGCUGCACUUGCAAGAGAAGAAACAGUAGAAGAAACUACUCAAGGUCAGCACAGGAAGUUAAAAGAAUUUCAAGAAGACAUUUUCUGCUCAAAUUAAAGGAUGUUAUUCUUGAAUCCUUCCUUUGUUCAGCUUACACGAAGGAAACUUUCCUGCAUCAGUAUUCCUGUGGGAACCUAUUGACAACUAGCUGCAAGUGCUUGGGGUCUUGUUUCCCUGUUGUUUUUCUUGCUGGAUUUUAUUCAUCUGUCUGAGAAGAAUAUGAAGGAGCAAGUGAUUAUUUUCAGACUUUUUUGAACUGUAGCAUUAUAAUAUUUGCAGAUAUGUUCUACUGCAUCACUAUAUUUUUAAAUGAAAUGGUGGCACAACACUUGAAACAUCAUGGCUUCUUUUAAUUUGCUUUUGUCUUUUGAGAUACUAGAACAGGUAUUCUUUUACAUAAGCUCUAGUUCUACGGCCGUAUAACUGGAUUUAAAAAGAAAUACAAUCUGCGUGUAACUUCAUGAAGUACAAGUAAGCAACUUGGGAAGAGAUUUCGCUCUUAACAUUGUGCCACCAAGUUCUGUUUUUGUAUAAGGGAAAAACAUUGUUUAAAUCAAAAGGAGUUCUAAAACACUACAAAUCUAAAUGUGAAACAUGUCUUGGAAAAGAAAUUACUUUUCAGUUGGACGAGGUGCUGUACAAGGAAUGUUCACUCCACGUAAUACAACAUCUAUAGCACCAAGUAAAGGUCUCAGCAAUGAGCCAGGACAGAAUAGCUGCUUCUUGAAUAGUGCAUUACAGGUCCUCUGGCAUCUUGAUAUCUUCCGGCGCAGUUUUCGACAACUUACAACACACAAAUGCAUGGGAGAUUCCUGUAUAUUUUGUGCCCUCAAAGGUAUCUUUAACCAGUUCCAGUGCAGCAGUGAGAAAGUGUUACCUUCUGAUGCUCUUCGUAGUGCACUUGCAAAGACUUUUCAAGAUGAGCAGCGUUUCCAGCUGGGCAUAAUGGAUGAUGCUGCUGAAUGCUUUGAAAACCUCUUAAUGAGGAUUCAUUUCCACAUUGCAGAUGAGUCUAAAGAAGACAUCUGUACUGCCCCACACUGCAUUUCCCACCAGAAGUUUGCAAUGACCUUAUUUGAGCAGUGUGUCUGUACCAGUUGUGGUGCUACCUCUGACCCAUUGCCCUUUAUCCAGAUGGUGCAUUAUAUCUCAACCACUUCACUCUGCAAUCAGGCAAUUUGUAUGCUUGAACGACGAGAGAAACCCACUCCGGAUAUGUUUGGAGAGUUGCUGCAAAAUGCCAGUACCAUGGGUGACUUGAGAAACUGCCCGAGCAACUGUGGGGAAAAAAUUCGUAUUCGCCGUGUGCUAAUGAACUCUCCCCAGAUUAUCACCAUUGGACUGGUGUGGGACUCAGAUCACUCAGAUCUGGCUGAGGAUGUCAUUCACAGCUUGGGCACCUGCCUUAAACUAGGAGAUCUUUUCUUCAGAGUAACUGAUGACAGAGCAAAACAGUGUGAACUGUAUUUGGUUGGAAUGAUCUGUUACUAUGGAAAACAUUAUUCCACUUUCUUCUUCCAAACAAAGAUUCGCAAAUGGAUGUACUUUGAUGAUGCCCAUGUCAAAGAGAUAGGCCCCAAAUGGAAAGAUGUUGUGACCAAGUGCAUUAAAGGGCAUUAUCAGCCAUUGCUACUGCUUUAUGCAGAUCCAAGAGGAACUCCCGUAUCAACACAAGACGUGCCCACACAAGUAGAUCUGCAGCAAUAUAGCAGGACAUACUAUGAUAGUGAAGACUCAGGGCGUGAGCCUUCUAUCACAAGUGACACUAGGACAGACUCCUCUACAGACAGCUAUGCCCAUAAACACUCCCAUCAUGAAUCUGUGGUUAGUCACUUCUCUUCUGAUUCUCAAGGCACUGUCAUUUACAAUGUGGAAAAUGAUGCAGCUUCACAAAGCAGCAGAGACACAGGACACCUGACUGACAGUGAAUGUAAUCAGAGGCAUAUUUCCAAAAAGGGCUCCCUAACAGAUCGCAAGAGGAGUUCAAGCAAAUCUCGUAAAAAGGGUGAUGACUCACAACCAUCAGGAUAUCACAGUGAAGGGGAAACACUGAAGGAGAAACAAGCCCCCAGAACUGCCCCUAAGACAAUGAGCAGCACCAGCAGACUAAGGGAAUUUAGAGAAACUGUUAGCAACAUGAUCCACAACAGACCGUCACAGACAAACCAGAGCUCCCCACGAAGAGGAAAAGAUCAGGCUGAAGUGCAGUCACUUCCCAGAGCUCUGCCUGCUCAGGCUCGAGACUGGGAAAUGGAGAGUACCAGUAGUGAAUCCAAAUCAAGUUCUUCUAGCAAGUCCCGUCCGGCUUGGAGACCCAAGAGGGAGUCACUGAACAUAGAUAGCAUCUUCAGUAAAGAAAAGAGAAAACAGUGUGGCUACACACAACUCAGCCCUUUCUCUGAAGAUGCAGCUAAAGAAUUUACAGAAGAUGACCUAAAGGAGCCAAUCUUACAGACAAGACCAAGCCAAUCAAACAGGUACAAGCAUUGGUCUCUAGGCCGGGGUGCACUCCAUAAGAUGGAUCAACAUCCUCGUCUGAUCCAGAGGAUGGAAUCUGGCUAUGAAAGCAGUGAACGCAACAGCAACAGUCCAGUCAGUAUGGAUAUGCCUCUGUCUGAGAGCUCUAGCACAUCUCGAGAUUCUCAUAUGAAACGAUCUGGAUGUUUCGUUCCUGCUUGGCGUCAUAUUCCCAAAUCACAUAGCAGCAGCAUCUUGGAAGUAGAGUCGGCGUCUUCUGCUUCAUCCUGGGCAAAAAACAAGCACUCUGUUGGAAACGGUGAAGAGAUCCUUGUUUCUUCCAAGAGUGAACUUGAUGAAUUACAAGAAGAAGUAGCAAGGAGGGCCCAAGAGCAAGAACUCCGAAGAAAGCGGGAGAAGGAAUUAGAGGCUGCGAUGGGCUUUAAUCCCCGUCCAAGCAGGUUCAUGGACUUGGAUGAACUGCAAAACCAGGGGAGGACUGAUGGCUUUGAGAGGUCUGUGCAGGAAGCAGAUGCAGUCUUUGAAGAGUCACUGCAUCACGAGCAGAAGGGAGACUGUGCUGCAGCUUUGGCUCUCUGUAAUGAAGCGAUAUCUAAACUAAGACUUGCCAUGCAUGAUGCCAGCUCUAGCACUCACAGCAGAGCUCUAAUCGAUAAGAAGCUGCAAAUCUGCAUCCGAAAAGAGCGGAGUCUCCAGGAUCGCAUGCAGCAACAGCAGCCAGCACAGCCGCCGCCCAUCUGCCACCCGCCAGCGGGGGGCAACUUGACCCAUUCUACAAGUGAACAGGCUGUCCCGCUCCAAGUACUGUUGAGUCAGAAGAUGGUACUGGAACCCAGCAGAGAAGCAGAACUUGGGUCCAGUUCUUACUUCCAUCCACCUGCUUCCCUUCAUGAAAUGCAGUCAUCGUAUCCCAAGUCUUUUCUUUCGCCCCCUUCUGAAAGCAGGCCCUCUCACCAAACUUCUGUGACCUUUCAAGCUGCUUCUGCUGGUUUCAACGAUCAAGCUCCCCCUUUUAACUCUGUACAUGGGGUGGGUGACAGAUCCAUUCAAAGUGAAAACGAAAUCAACUGUGAUGUACAGCUUGAAGGAGUUUUUCCUGUUAGUGUAAAAGACAAAUGCUGCAGCAAUAGUGGUAAGCUUGAGGAAGUACAUAAUGUAACAGCUUCUCUCACACCAUAUUGCAAAACCAAAAUUAACAUGGUAAACUCUGGUUCUUUGCCUACACUCUUUCCCUCUUCAUAUCCAAUUCAGGAGCCAUCUGAUAAAAAAGGCUUACAUAACCCAUGCUUCACGCCAUCAAGUUUUACAGAGUGGCCUAAUAUUGCCCAGCAGGAGACUAAUCAUAUAGUAACACUGGCUUCUCUCUCCCCUUUGCCACAUUGUCCUCCAGAUCCAUUACAGACUACUAAUAGGUACCUCCAAGCCAGUAGUCAUGAGAGUUUGCAUCACCCACAGAAAGAAUUUGUAAAUGGGGAUUUUCUGAAACCUGAGAUGAUUUGUAGCAAGGGACAUGUUCGCUCCCUUGCAGAACAAUUUCAGCGGCUGCAGGAGGGCUCUCAGAAGGAAGGCACUCAUGGGAAAGAAAGGAAAGGAGCUGUCUGCCAUGAUCAGAAUAAUCCAACAUUACUGCAGGAAACCUACAGUGGUCCUCCAUUCCUUGGUUAUAGACAGCCAGUUGUUGGACAACAAGAGAAUGGAACAUGGUCUGUUGGAAAGGUGAACUCAUAUCUGAGUUCUAGAGAUGCAUUGAGUUCUGAAGAUUGUUUUGAUACACACAGUAUGACAUCUAAGAGUUCUGGAUCAUACAACAAAGAGCCAUGCAAAAAAACAAAGCAAAGCUCCAUGGAUCCUCAUUUCUACCUAGGAGAGUUCAAUCGUGAGGCAGAAGUGAAACUGAUAAAUGACAGAAAACCUGCUGGCUCAGUUGCAUCUAUGCCUGUGGAUAGUUGGGUAGACAAUGUUAAAAGGUAUUAUAGUUCUUCAGUGGAUUGCAAGAAUAGCACUUGGCUCAUGGCACCUGCCAAAAAGUCACCUGUGUCCAGUCAAAUCAUUUUCGGAGAGGAUCCAAUGCAGAAGCACCCACAGUGGAAUCAAGACACUGAGCAGGAGAUAUCUGAGCUGGAGUCUCUAUAUCAGGCUAGCUUACAGGCACACAAGACAAGUCAGGCUGUAUUGGGAAGACUGGACAAUUCCUGGCACCUCUUGGGCAAGACAGCAUCUGGAAACUUGACUACAAGGAAGAUGCACAGUAUAGCUGGCAUGGGUCUUUCAAAAACACCAACUGCAGAAAUUGAACGCAACAUCUAUGGAACUAUAGCAUCUCCAGUCUCUAAGGUACCAUACACAAAAAACCAUGGCAAGGAGCCAGAAGAAGAGAUGUACAGUGCAGAGAACAUCCGUCGUAUUGCACGUAGUCUCAGUGGGACAGUCAUCGCAAACAAGGAAGAGACACUUGUUUCUUCCCACAGCUUUGAAGUGUCCAGUGAGAGGAAAAUGCCAUUGGAAGCCAGACACCGUUCUUCCAGCACCACCUCCCUCACUUUCCCUCACAAUCCUCCUACUGUGUUACCCUUUGAUCCCCGGCACUUUUCAACCCAACUGCAGCACUUCUCCCAUGAUGCACCAGUGCCCAGCAUGGUGGGCAAGACACACAGACACUCAGCUCCUGUCUGGAUUGCACAAGGAAAUCAGAAGAACAUCCAAAAAGUUCUGGCUGUGUCUGACAGGGGUGAAACUUUCCAAAGUGAAGAAAACCCAGGGGUGGCCUUGAGUUAUGGGAGCCUCACUUACAAGCAACAGGGCCUGUCUUCUCAAGGACAGAAACUUCUUAAUAAGCAUUUAGGAACUGAAGAAGCCGCAAGCGCCUCUGGCCACUGGCCGCAGAUGAGUCACACUGCCAGACAAACAGCAACACUACCAGACAAACAAGCAAAACAUUGGGGAUUUGCUGCUCAGAAAACCAGGGGAUCAGAGGAACAUUUAUUCCAGCAGCCCUUUCAGCAAGGAAAGCGUGAGGCUGGUGCCACUGACAGUAGGCCGUCACAAAGCAUUGGUUACAGUACCGUCUGUAUGUCAUCACAUGGGGCUUCCAAAGACAUAGAUAGCUCGCAAGGUUGUCCUGUGCCUCCCCCGCAGGCUAAGCCUCCAGGUCCUAGGAGGGUAGAUAUGCCACCAGAAGAAGACUGGCGGCAAAAUACCUAUGUCCCUCAGCUUGGAGUAAGGCGCAUUUUGCCUGUGUGCACAAUGGAUGGGACUUACUCAUCCACUUCUGAGAUGCACCGUAAGAUGUUGGGUUGCACAGCUGCUGCUUCGGUGCACAACAGUGGCUGGUGAGGUGUCAGCCUUUCAGACCUGAUUGCUCCUAUAUGAACAGGUUGUCUAAGCUGUUGUUCCUAAAGUAUAGAUGAUCACAGGACAGCAAGAUUCGUUUCAGUCAGUGUCUGUGCCAGUCUUGUCUUGAAAAGUAGCUAUAAAAUUAGUGGAAGCUGAUUGCACUGUGUUUCUGUUUCUGUACUGCUGAAUCACGUCUACCAGAAACUUUUCAGUGACUCCAUUUGCAGCCUGUUUCCACAGGAAAUGGGUUUAAAGCUCACUAAUAAUGUAAAGAGAUUGAGAUUUGUAUAUGGAUUGAAAAGUCCUCUGUUGUUGACCACAAGCUGCAUUUUAAAGGACUAAGUCAUGUACAGUGGCACUAGUAAACCCAUACACCAAUCUACUGUUCAGUUUUUCAGUUAUUUUCUGUUAGAUGGUAGAGGGAGACCAUUAAUGAACUUUCUGUGCUCUCCCAGGUUAAAAAUUUGUCCGUGCUUAUGGAUUAAAUGAGGCAAAUGUAUCUUUCUUUGUAAUGAGAUGUUAGGCACAGAUAACCGCUGUAGGUGCUAGUAAGAAAGUAGAAAGAAGGUAUAGCUCAUGUAUAAACCGGACCAUCUCCCACUUUUUCAAAACAGACUAACAGUGCUUCAGAUUGCAAAGACUGUUAAGACUGCACACUUAGUUAUAACACUGUAAACACAGACUCACUUUUAACUAUUUUAGGCUCAACAUACUUGCCUUUGUAAGUAUUUUUCAAAUAAAUUUAUGAAAUAGUUAUAA